UCCUGCUGGAUUGGAGAGCGUUUCCCUGGGGGAGGAGGCCGGGAAGAGCGAGCUGAUGAACGAGGACAUCUGGAUCCACUCCUGGCCUUGCUCCUACUACCUGGACACCAGCAAACAAUGGAUCCCUGGGAAGCUCGCCCUGACUCCCGCUUCCAUCAAAUUCACGGCUGACAAAACGGGAGAGCUCCUGGUGGAUUUCCGUCUUUCCGGGAUCGGCGAGAUCAAGAAGGAAUCUUCCCAUUUAAUCUUCAGCUCCCUCACCAUCCUGGAGAAAGGCACCAAGCACUGGUUCAGCUCCCUGCAUCCCAACAGGAAUGUGGUGUUCAACAUCCUGGAGCAUUUCUGGAGGGAGCAGCUGCUGUCCAGCCAGGAGGCCGGAGCGGGAGCGGCCUUGGAAUCCAGCAAGGGCAAGGAAUUAACGGGAAUGUUGGAGGGGUCCCAGAAACGCCUGGAGGACACGGCCAAGGUGCUGCAUUCCCAGGGGGAACAGUUCGACAACAUCAUGAGGGGACUCCACAAGAUCGAGGGGGACAUGGAUGUGGCUGACAGGCUGUUAACAGAGCUGGAAUCUCCCUCCUGGUGGCCCUUCAGCACCAAACUCUGGAAAACGCCCGUGGAAGCGAAGCCCAAGGAAACCCCCGCGGCUGCGGAUCCCAGAAGCCAGGAGGGAAUCCUGCUGCGGAUCCCGGUGAUCAUCACCCACAGGACAGACUCCAGCGCCAAACCCGGCAAACUCACGCUGCUUCCCUCGGGCCUGGAGAUCCAGGAUUGCAAUUCCCAGCUCCUGCACCGCUUCGAGGCCCGCGACGUGGAUGACAUCUGGGUGCACACUCCCUACGAGAUCAGCGUCCGGCAGAGGUUCAUCGGCAAACCCGACACCUCCUACCGGCUCCUGGCCGCGCGCAUGCCCGAGGCCAUCCCCGUCCUCCAGGUGCAGUUCAGCAAGAAAAUCCAGUUCUUGGAGGAUGCCCUUGGAUUUGCCGGAGCCAGGAAGUCCCCUCAGGCGGAUCUGGGGACGUCCAUCUGGCAGGCAGCCACGGGAUUCCUGGGAGCCGCGGUGAAUCCCGGAUUGCCGGCGGGAAGCGCCGAAGGGCCGGACAAGGAGCAGCUGCAGCUGCAGAAAAUAUCCCAGGAGGAAGCCAAGGAGCUCCGACAGAUCCUGAAGAAGCUCAAGGGCCUGGCCCUGGAGACGGAGGCGGAGCUGGAGCGGCAGGACGAGGCCCUGGAUUCCAUCGGCAGCUCCGUGGAUCGUGCCACGCUCACCAUCGAGCGGCAGAACCGCAGGAUGAGGAAGCUGACGUAGCUUCCCGGCCGGAGCAGGAGGGCGGGGGAGCCGGGAUGUUCAGGACUGGUUUUUCCAGAGACACUUUGGGAGGGGUUUGGGAUGAGGUUUGGAAAAUGGCGCUGCUGGGAGUGAGUUCCUGAAGCGGUUCCUGGACUUAGAUGGUGGCUGGAUCUUGGAUGAGUGAGUUUUGGAUCUUGGACAGUGUUUGGACCUUGGAUCACAGUUGGACCUUGGAUGAUGGUUGGACCUUGGAGAAUGAUUGGAUCUUGGAUGAGGGUUGGACCUUGGAUAAGGUUUGGAUGUUGAAUGAUGGUUGGAUCUUGGAUGAGCGUUGGAUCUUGGAUCAUGGUUGGAUCGUGCAUGAUGGUUGGACCUUGGAUGAGAUUUGGAUCUUGGAUGAUGGUUGGAUCUUGGAUAAUGAUCUUGGAUGGUUGGAUCUUGGAUGAGGGCUGAACCUGGGAUAAUGUUUGGAUCUUGGAUGAGGUUUGCAUGUUGGAGGAUGGUUGGAUCUUGGAUAAAGUUUGGAUCUUCAACACUCUUUGGACCUUGGAUGAGGUUUGGACCUUGGAUGAGGUUUGGA